AUGCCGCGAAAUUCACCGAGUCAAUGCGUUUCGCCGUUUACGGAGGAUAUCAGUGGCUAUGCCCCUGAUGUCCACCAGUUUUUGGCCAAAUUCCAUCGUUUCGGCCCCGAAAUCGUCAUUUUUUCCAUUUUGGCAUUGAAGGCUGAACUGAUGGAACGAAGAGGAGGAGUCUCAGGGUUUCGUCGAAGCAAUCCAGAAUCUUCGUUUAAUACCAGAGACAAGGGUGGCAACAGCAGCCAAACAGGCGUAAUGAAUCAGAACAAAGAAGGAGGCAGCAGCAGCAGCCAAGCAGCCCAAGGCAACAGGAAUAUACCCAGAAAUCCAAAUCAGAACACGAACACAAACUUGAAUCCCAACCCUUACGCCAGACCUGCACCUGGAGUCUGUUAUCGUUGUCGGAAACCUGGUCAUCUCUCUAACACUUGCCCGGAUCGUCGCAGACCUGUCAACUGGAUCGAAGGGGAAGAAGGGGAUCCAGAGGCUACUGGGGAUGAUGCAGGGGAGGAUGACUGUUAUGAGGGGGCAGAGUUCGCUGAGGAGGAUGGAGAACGAAUCAACUGUGUAGUGCAGCGAAUAUUAUACACUCCAAGGCAAGAGGAUGCAGGACAGCGGAAUAACAUCUUCCGCUCAUACUGCACCGUGAGCCAGAAGGUGUGCGACUUAAUUGUGGAUAGCGGGAGUUGCGAGAACUUCGUUGCAAGGGGCCUAGUUGAACACCUAAAGCUACCAACCGAGAAGCACCCGACUCCAUACACUAUCGGCUGGAUCAAGAAAGGACCCACGGUGAAGGUAACUGAAAUCUGUCGCGUUCCUAUUUCCAUUGGAAAAAUAUAUAAAGAUGAAGUAGUUUGCGAUGUGAUUGAUAUGGAUGCUAGUCAUGUGUUGUUGGGUCGGCCGUGGCAGUAUGAUGUUGAUAUUACCUACAAGGGUCGGGAUAAUACUUAUUUGUUCACGUGGGGAUCACAUAAAAUUGCUAUGGCUCCUUACAAAAGGAAGGCACUGUCCGGUAAGGCUUCUGAAGUGGGGAAGCAGUCGUUUUUGACAGUGUCCAGUUCGGAUACAGAGUUUGUGGCAGACAUCAAGGGUGCGCCAGAGUUCUAUGCGCUCGUAGUGAAAGCCCUCAUGGUGGAAGGGGAAGUUGAGGCUUCGGUGACAGUCCCUGACAGGCUGAAACCAUUGAUAGAUCAGUUCAGGGAUAUCACUUCGGAAGAGUUGCCGAAUAAUCUACCGCCCUUGAGGGAUGUCCAGCACCAUAUAGACCUCAUACCAGGGGCCAGCCUGCCAAAUCUACCUCAUUAUCGGAUGAGUCCGAAAGAGAACGAGGUCUUGAGGGAGAAAAUUGAAGACUUGUUGGAGAAGGGUUUUAUCCGCGAGAGCAUGAGUCCGUGUGCGGUUCCUGCGUUGUUAAAGCCAAAGAAAGAUGGGAGUUGGCGUAUGUGUGUGGACAGCCGAGCUAUCAAUAAGAUAACUGUCAAUGGAUAUCACCAGAUUCGGGUCAGACCAGGGGACGAGUGGAAGACAGCAUUCAAAAGCAAAGACGGGUUAUAUGAGUGGCUGGUUAUGCCGUUUGGGUUAUCCAACGCGCCCAACACUUUUAUGCGCGUGAUGAAUCAGGUAUUGAAGCCUUUUGUGGGAAAAUUUGUUGUCGUUUAUUUCGACGAUAUCCUUAUCUAUAGUAAAACCGCGGAUGAGCAUGUGAAGCAGUUACGGGAUGUGUUGGCGGUGCUACAAGAGAACCAGCUAUUCCUUAAUCUGAAAAAGUGCAGCUUUAUGACGGAUAGCUUGUUGUUUCUGGGUUAUGUGGUAAGUUCAGAGGGGAUUCAUGUGGAUGGAAAGAAGGUCCGAGCAAUUAGAGAAUGGCCUGCACCGAAGACCGUGGGUGAAGUUCGGAGUUUCCAUGGAUUAGCCACUUUCUACCGCCGAUUUAUUCGGAACUUCAGUACUGUCAUGGCACCGAUAACCGAGUGCAUGAAGAAAGGCAAAUUUCAGUGGGGGGAAGAGGCAGAAACAAGCUUUGCGUUGAUAAAGGAGAAGCUAUGCACCAAGCCUCAAUGCCAAACAACCCUUUUGCAUCCUUGA